AUGACCGCGGCCGCGAGCUGGAAGGAGGCUGCUCUGCAGGUGCUCGUGGUGACCGUCGUGCUGCCCCUCGCCACCUACCCGGUGUACGCGUUUGCUCUUGACUGCGGACAGGCGCAGGGCGGGUGCCUGCUUUUGUUGGGCAGCCUGUACGGGUACCUUCUGCCGUCCGCCGACGUGCAACUCUACUCCGCGGUGGUGGCCACCGUGUUCUACCACCGGUGCAUGGAGCAGCAGCGUCCCGAGCUUGCCAUUCCAGUGACGAUGAAGGCCAUGAAGCUAGCUCCAAACCGAGCAAAUCAAAGUGAAGCUGGCAGUCAAGAGAGAGCGAUUGAGCAAACACGCGUUGUGCUGACGAGCGCCGCGUACGUUAACCUGAAGCAAGCAGAGAUCUCCAAAUACACCAGGAACCUUGCUCCGGCCAACCGUGUGAUUCUGUUGUCAGGCCCUGUAGAGCUCUACCGGCAGAUGCUCGCCAAGGCGCUCGCGCACUAUUUUGAAGCGAAAAUCCUCCUACUCGAUCCUACAGAUUUUUUCAUAAACUUCAUGGCAAAUACGGCACCGGUGGCAGCGAGCAGCUUAUUUUCCCAAUCUUACGCCGAGGACCCUCGGUUGCUCUGACCUAUCCAGGAGAUUUAUCACUAAAUGGAGUGAAGGCUUACUGCCAACACCAAUGGUUGAUACUUCCUCAAAUGCGUGCAUUUUCAGG